CUGCCCGGGUGCUGAAUUGGAGCCGGCUGGAGCUCAGCGCCCCUCCCCCGCACACUCUCCGCAGCAGCCACAGAAGGAGGAAGUGGAGCUGCGAGUCCCCGAGCUGCUGGAGGAGGAGAGGCCGGAUCCGCCGCCGCAGGGCCGGGGAGCAGCCGAGCCGGGGAGCAUGGAUUUUCUGAGGAAGCGGCCGGCUCGGGAGCUGGCAGCGGUGGCGGCUGCAGGGGCUGCAGCAGCCCUGGGCGCAGCUGGCGGCGCCUGCUAGCCGGGUGCAUGAACCCGCUGCUGGGUGUGGGAGGCGGCGGCGGCGGCUGAGGGAUGUGAGGCCCGGCAGGGCUGCGAGCGAGUCAGGUGAAAGCUGCACUCGGCUCCCCCCACCCCUCCCUCCGCCCUCGGCCAUGGCGUCGUCUUCUCCCCGCCGCUGCUCUGGGGCGGCGGCGCUCCGGAUCCCGGCUCUAGUGCUCCUGCUGUGCCUGGGGCCGGCAGGCGGGCAGCUCCGCUACUCGGUGCAGGAGGAGCUGCAGCGCGGCGCCUUAGUGGGGAACGUGGCGAGCGACCUGGACGUGGAUCCGCAGCGGCUGUCGGCCCGGGGCGCACGGCUGACCUCGGGCAGCGGGCGGCAGUACCUGGAGCUGGAUCUGGGCCGCGGAGCGCUGCUGGUGAAGGAGCGCAUGGACCGGGAGGCGCUGUGCGAGCUUAGCCCCUCCUGCUUCCUCAGCCUGGAGCUGGUGAUCGAGCAGCCCAUCGAGGUGCACAACGUGGAGGUGGAGGUGCUGGACAUCAACGACAACGCGCCCCACUUCCCGCGGCAGGACUACCGGCUGGAGGUCAGCGAGUCUGCUGUGCCCGGCGCCCGCUUCCACAUCGAGAGCGCGCAGGACCCCGACGUGGGCACCAACUCGGUGCAGAGCUACCGGCUCAGCCCCAACCAGCACUUCGCCCUGGACCUCAAAGGCUUCCAGCGCGGCAGCAAACUUCUGGAGCUGGUGCUGCAGCAGCCCCUGGACCGGGAGCAAAGCGCCUUGCAGCAGCUGGUGCUCACCGCUAUGGAUGGGGGCAGCCCUUCCAGGUCUGGCACCGCCCAGAUCUCCAUUCGGGUCAUGGACACAAACGAUAACUCGCCCGUCUUUGACCGAUCCACCUACUCAGUGAACCUACUGGAGAACGCGGUCCCGGGCACGCUGGUGGUGAAGCUGAACGCCUCGGACCCGGACGAGGGCUCCAACGGGGAGGUGCUGUACUCCUUCAGCGGCUACACCCCCCAGAAGGUGCGGCAGCUCUUCAGCAUCGACCCCGUCUCCGGCGAGGUGAGGGUCAACGGCACGCUGGACUACGAGGAGGCCUCCUCCUAUGAGAUUUAUGUGCAGGCCACCGACCGGGGCCCUGUGUCCAUGACCGGGCACUGCAAGGUGCUGGUCAACAUCGUGGACGCCAACGAUAAUGCCCCCGAAGUGGUGCUGACCUCCCUGUACAGCCCAGUGCCGGAGAACGCCCGGCCUGAGACCGUGGUGGCUUUAAUGAGUGUAACCGACCAGGACUCCGGGCCGAACAAGCAGGUCAGUCUGAGCAUCCCUCCCAACAUCCCCUUCAAACUCAACUCCUUCAAAAACUCCUACACGCUGGUCACGCAGGGCAACCUGGACCGCGAAAGGGCUUCCUCCUACAACAUCACGGUCACGGCUACGGACGCCGGGACCCCUCCCCUCUCUUCCCACAAAGUGAUACAAGUGUACAUCUCCGAUGUCAACGACAACCCUCCGCGGUUCGAAGAGCCCAUGUAUUCUGUUUACAUCCCCGAGAACAACGCGCUUGGGGUUUCGCUGUGCACUGUCAAAGCCAUCGAUCCCGAUGCCAACGAAAAUGCCUAUGUGUCCUAUUCUCUCCUGAAAGGGGAAAUUCAAGGGCUACCUGUCACAUCCUACGUCUCCAUUAAAUCCGAGGGUGGUAACAUAUAUGCGGUCAACUCCUUUGAUUACGAGAAGUUAAGGGAGUUUCAGGUUGUUGUUCAGGCCCAGGAUGCUGGGACCCCAGCACUUAGCAGCACUGUCACUGUCCACGUGUAUGUGGUGGAUCAGAAUGACCACGCCCCUCAGAUUCUGUACCCUACCUCAACCAAUGCCUCGGCAGCCUUGGAGAUGAUCCCUCGCUCGGCACACGCAGGUUAUUUGGUUACCAAAGUAAUAGCCAUUGAUGCAGACUCUGGACAAAAUGCAUGGUUGUUCUACUAUCUGGCUCAAGCCUCAGACCCAGAUCUCUUCAGAGUGGAGCUACACAGCGGGGAGAUUAGGACUACUCGCAAACUGGGGGAUGACAGUGGUACUACUUUCAACCUGUCAGUUGUUGUGAGAGACAAUGGAGAGCCAUCCCUGUCCUCAGCAGUAGCCAUAACCAUCGCUGUUGUGGAUAGAGUUUCCAAAAUCAUCCCUGACACAAGGAGGCAUAUCAAAAGUGCUAGAAACUACUCAGAGAUAACACUGUAUCUCAUUAUUGCUCUGAGCUCAGUUUCAUUCAUAUUUCUUUUGACAAUCAUUGUCCUAACAGUCAUCAAGUGCUACAGAUACAGUGUGUAUGGUGACUCCUGUUGUGGAAGUUUUUGUGGGCUCAGAGAAAGAUAUCCUGCUGAAAUGUACAAGCAGGCUAACAACAACAUUGACGCUAGGAUACCGCAUGGUUUAAAAGUACAGCCACAUUUUAUUGAAGUGCGGGGGAAUGGGUCUCUCACUAAGACCUACUGCUAUAAGGCAUGUCUGACUGCAGGAUCAGGAAGUGACACUUUCAUGUUUUACAAUACUGGUGGCCCAACGGGAACGGGUCCUCAUGCAGUGAUGGCUGAGAGACAUCUGACAGGACAGAGUGGUCAGAGUGCACAAAACCUGAUCAUACUUAAAAAUGACUCCAUUACGCCUAAUGAGCCAAAACAACCCAAUCCUGAUUGGCGUUAUUCUGCAUCCCUAAGAGCAGGAAUACAAAGUGCUGUGCACAUGGAGGAGGCAGGAGUCUUACGAGGAGGGCUGGGAGGAUCUGAACAGCUGUGGCCAACAGUAUCCAGUGCAACACCAGAACCUGAGGCAGGAGAGGUUUCCCCCCCAGUGGGAGCUGGUGUGAACAGCAACAGCUGGACCUUUAAAUAUGGACCUGGCAAUCCCAAACAAGCUGGUCCCGGUGAGUUGCCAGACAAAUUCAUUAUCCCUGGAUCUCCUGCAAUCAUCUCCAUCCGGCAGGAACCACCAAACAGCCAAACUGACAAAAGUGACUUCAUAACCUUUGGCAAGAAGGAGGAGACCAAGAAAAAGAAAAAAAAGAAGAAGGGAAACAAGACUCAGGAGAAAAAAGAAAAGGGGAACAGCACUACUGACAACAGUGACCAGUGAGGGGUUUAUACUGUCAGAAGCCAGUUAGCCAGUUUUUUUAAUAUUGGCAGAUCUCUCCUAUGUAGCAACUCCCAACUUCUUCCUAUUGUUAACAAAUUUCCAGUAUAUAUAGACUUCAGAAAUCCGCAGGAAGUUCACAGUGUCUGUCUAGAUUGCUUAACAGGUUUUGUCUUGAAAAGCUUUAUUAAGUCUGGUGUUAACUUUUUUUCUCCACUCUGGCUUGUUUUCAGACUCUAAAAAGCAGACACAAGUUUCCUUUCUCCUACGCCGAAAAGGAGAAUCUUCACAGUACAGCCAGUGAGAGGUUGGACUCUCUGCAUUGUGAUUCCUGUGAUCCUGUCUUGAUGACACUUACAGGACAAGUUAUAAAGUUUUAAUAUUGUGCACCCUGUGUCUGAUUGGAAACAUUUGUGUGCAGAUGUCAGCUAGGUGAUACAAGAUCAGAUUAUAAAAUGCAAGAAGAGCUGGUAAAAUAUGAACAACAAAGGAAACACCUAAUGAACAUAGUGUUCAAAGAUGUUCAGGCUGGGGAGGAAAUGUUUCAAAGGAGAUGACCAGACUUUUUGAAUCUAGAGACUAGCUUUGUGGAAUACUGAGUCUUUUGCAUGACGUAUUGUACACACUCCAGCAAAUAAAAGCUCACAUUUACAACUGUUUAAGAUAUCAUAAAGUAUAACUCUCACCAAGCCAUUGGCUAUAUUGUUAGUAUAAGUCCUGAUUAUACUAGCAAGUAUGUCCCUCAGAGUGGGACAACAAGGGAUGGGCUGACAUCUAGGGAAAGUAACUGACUGUAAUGUUUCCUCUACAUCCCUGUUUCCAGUCUAUUUAACAUUCUUUUGCACUUAAUAUCUCUUAAAAGGUCAGAGUAUUUUCCAAAACAGAUAUGCAAAAGUGAGAAAAAGAAACACAUUAUCUAUGCUAUUUGAUAUAUUUAUUUAUAAAGAAAAUAUAGCUGUAAAUGUUAAAGAAAUAUGAUGCCCUUUAAGCCAAACAGAAGUCAAUCUACAGCUAUUAGAAAUUAUAAUUGCUGCUAUUAAAGUGCUUUAGAGAAAUUGCCUGAAACAUCUGUAUUAUAUCGGCCACUUGCCAAUCACAGCUUUAUUCUGUCAGGUCACUCGGGCGCUGCCUCUUCCAAUCACAGCUUUAUUCUGUCGGGUCACUCAGGCGCUGCCUCUUGCAUGUAUUAAUAAAUACAAGAAUAUAAUUUUUUGCAUUAAUCUGCACUUUGAAUACACAACAUUUGCAAACAAACUGUCCUAAUAUAAAGAAGCAGAAGCAAACUAUUUCUCACACAAGAAGAUCUACUAACCUGCUAGCUCUGUGCAGUGUCUUGGUGUUAUCUCCCACACAACCUUUUUUGGUUUUAGUUUUACUUUUCUAUGAGAUUAUGAAUUGCUGACCCUACUAACACUCAUUAUGUAAAAUUCAAGUACUGUAUGUAUGCUGUAUGCUCUUAUAAGAAUCCUGAAAUAUUUAUUCUGUGCUUGUGUAUGUGAAUGUCAAUGGAACUAUUACCUAGACUGGACUUUAAGCUUUACUGUUGAAUGUAAAUCCAUUCUUUCUUUUUUGUACACUUGUGGAAAAGUGGAGUAGUAUUAAUUUUUUAAGCCACUGUUGGUUAUCAGUUUUUGUGUAUGAAACACAAGUAAAAUAUCUUUCUUAAAUCAAGAAA